AUGGCCGACGCGCUCAUCGAGGACCAGGCCGACGAGUCCGGCGACGAGGCGCCGGCGCCGGAGGCGGAGGAGGUGGAGGAGAACGAGUACCAGAAGGACGGCUUCGUCGUCGACGACGAGGAGGCCGACGACGGCGACGACGACAAGGGCGACGACCUGCUCAACGACAGCAGCAGCGACGACGACGACGACGACGCGCCGGGCGGCGGGCGGCUGCGGCGGAACAAGGCGCGCGCGGCGCCCGACGCGGAAGACCUGGAGCUCAUCGCCGAGAACCUGGGCGCGGCGUCGAAGCCGCCGGCGGACGCCGACGACAGCGACGACGACUUCGACGACGCGCCCAAGAAGCGGCCCCGCGAGGCCGCGGCGCCGGAACCCGAGGCCCCCGCCGCCGAGGCGCGCCUCUUCGACGACGACUCCGACGACGAGCCCAAGGAGAAGAAGGUCAAGAGCGACGCGCUCUACGACGAGGACAACUUCGACGACUUCAUCGAGGACGAUCUGGGCAUCCAGCAGGCGCUCCAGCGCGAGGAGAAGAUGGGCAUCAGCCGCGCGCGGGGCCCCGCGGGCGCCGGCGGCGGCGCCGACGCGCCGAGCCAGCUCCAGAUGAUGGACAUGAUCGACAUCUUCGGCGAGGACGCGGAAGAUUUCGCGGCCAAGGGCUUUUCGGACGACGACGACGAGGAGGAAAAGGCCGCGGGCGCGGGCUUCCGCGCGCGCUACGAGCCCGGUCUCUUGGCCGAGCACUACGUCACGGACGCCGACGAGGCCAUCCGGAAACGAGAUCUGCCGGAGCGGCUCCAGCUCCGGAGCGUCGCCACCGCCAAACGGACGCGCCGCGACUACGAGACGCAUCUGGAGGAGGAGGCGGCGUGGAUCGCGCGCAAGCUGCGCCACCCCCACGCGCCGGCGGACGCGACCGUCGUCGCCGUGUCGCGCCUGCUGCGCUUCUACAACGAGGACUGCUACGAGGUGCCGUUCGUCGCCGCGUACCGGCGCGACUACUUCGUGGACUCGGACAUCAAACCGGCGGAGCUCUGGCGCGUCUUCGAGCUCGACGACGAGUUCGCGCGCCUGGCGAAGCGGCGCAAGGACACGGUGAAGAUGGUCAAGGCCCUGCGCGCCGUCGCGCCGAGGCCCUUCCUCGGCCCCGGUUUGGCGGCGGCGCGGCUGGCCGACGACGGCGCGCACCGCGACGCGCGCCACUACGUCAAGCACUGCUUCGCGCGCGCGGGCGCCGACGACGGCAAGCGCCGGCCGGGCCAGCGCGAGGCGGCCUUCUGGGCCGCCGUGCGCGACAACGACGUCGACAAGUUCUGCCGGACGUUCGCGAAGAGCGCGAAAGCCGUCGACGACGCGCUGCGCGACCCGGACGCGGCGGCUCAAAUGCCGCCGACGCCGGCCGAGUACCCGGACAUGGCGUGCCUCGACUUCCUCGGCGCGCCGCCGCUCGACGACGAGUCCAAGCUCCGGGAGUGCGCCGUGGCGGCGCUGGCGCGCGAUCUCGCGGCGCUCCCGUCGGUCCGCGCGGAAGCGCGCCGCGCGUUCCGGGAACUCGCGACGGUAACGACGCGCCCGACGGACAAGGGCCGGGCCGAGAUCGACGUCUGCCACGAGUACCACGGCCUCCAGUACCUCCAGAACAAGAAGGUGGCCGAGUUCCUCGACGGCGCGUCGUCGAACCCGCCGCGGCGCCACCGGGCCGGCGAGGACGCCGGCGACGCCGUCGCCGACCUCGCGGCCGCGGACUUUGUGAAGAUCCUCAAGGCCGAGAAGGAGGGGCUGCUGGCCUACGAGCUGCGGUCGACGGCGAAGCCCGACGACCCAAACGCCGCCGACGAGAAAUGGGACGUGGACGCGAUCGCGAACGGCCUCUUCAACGCCUACCUGGCUCUGCCCUUUGGCGGCGGCGCGGACCUCGCGGCGCCGGCGGCGACCUACGCCGGGCUCCAGGUCGUGGCGCCGGCCGCGCCGGCGGCGCCCGCCGACGAGCCGCCCAAGGAGGAGGACGUCAAGGCGGAGGACGACGCGGCGGUCGAGGACGCGGCCCCGGCGGACGCGCCCGCGGAGCCCGCGGAGCCCGCGGAGGCACCCGCGGCGGAGCCCGCCGCGGAGGCGCCCGCGGCGCCCGCGGCGGCCGCGGCGGCCGCGGAGCCCGAGGCGGCCGCGGAGCCCGAGGCGGCCGCGGAGCCCGAGGCGGCCGCGGAGCCCGCGGCGGAGCCCGCGGCGGAGCUCGCGGCGGAGCCCGCGGCGGAGCCCGCGGCGGAGCCCGCGGCGGAGGGCGGCGGCGACGGCGUGCUCCGGGAGCGCGGCGGCGGCGACGGCGAGUCCGACGAGGAGAUGGAGGACGCGGCGCCCGCCGAGGCGGCGGCGGAGACGCAGCCCGCGCCCGGCUCCGGCCGGCUCCGGCGGAACCGGGUCGUCAUGGACUCGGACGACGACGACGACGACGCGCUCCUCGCCGACGCGCCGCCCGCGGCGCCCGCGGCGGCCGCCGCGGACGCGGACGACAGCGACGACGACUUCGCGGACGCGCCGGCCAAGCCGCCGGCGCCCGCGGCGCUCGACGACGCCGACGACAGCGACGACGACUUCGCCGACGCGCCGGAGGGUCGUGCGCCUCGCCGUCAAGAGGAGCUCAAGGGCGAGCUGCGGCGCGCGGGCACGCGCGCCGUCGCGCGCCUCGCGGCGAACGCGCUCCGGCGCCUCGCGGACGUCGCGGGCUUCGCCGGCGGCGGCUUCCGCGGGUCCAACGGCCUCCACGAGUCGGCGGGCGGCCAGGUGGGCUGCAAGGCCGUCGGCGUCGGCGUCGCGCGCGCGGACACGUGGGCGAAGCACGAGCGCGCGCGCGGCCAGGACCCGCCGGCGGAGUCGACGGCGUUCGUGCUCCUGGGGCCGUCGGGCUCCGUGAGCGACCACGAGGUCGCGAGCUCCCGCGCCAACGACCGGAGCCCCGACGACGUGCGCCGCGUGGCGCGCUUCCUGCGGCGCCACCGGCCCGACGUCGUCGUCGUGUCGACGGGCGCGGGCGCCGCCGCGUGCCGCCGGUGCAUGAAGUUCGUCGAGGCGUCCGUGCGCGUGGCCCGCGAGCCGCUGCCGCGCUACGAGGACGAGUCGCCCGAGGAGUCCAUGCGCCUCGACGAGGAGGAGGAGCUCGUGGGCGAGUGGCAGUGCGCGAUAUCGUUCGCGGACGACCGCCUCGCGCGCGCGUUCGCGUCGUCGAUCCGCGCGGACCGCGAGCUCAAGGAGUACCCGGCGCCCUACCGCGUCGCCGUGUCCCUGGCCCGCGCGGCGCAGAACCCGCUCGCGGAGCUGUCCGCGUGCUUCACGGCGCGCGGGCUCCGGGGCGGCGCGGGGCUCGGGUUGCCGGGCGAGGACCUGACCAUGGUCAAGCUCCACCCGCUCGCCGACAUGGUCCCGGGCAAGCUGCUCCUCGAGACCUACGCGAAGGCGCUCGUGGACGCGAACUGCGCCCACGGCGUCGACCUGAACCAGGCGUUGCAGUACGACCACCACUUCGGGUGCCUCCAGUUCGUCGCGGGGCUGGGCCCGCGCAAGGCCGCGGCGCUGCGCCGGUCCGCGCGGUCCUACGGCGGCUCGGCGCGCGAGGGCGGCGCCCACGGCGUCGUCGUCUCCCGCCGGAACCUCGCGGCGCUCUUCGACGCGCGGGGCAAGUACUCGACGAAGCGCGGGUCGGCGACGAACUGCUUCACGAACUGCGCCGCUUUUCUCCGCGUGCGGCCCGCGGGGCCGCUGGCGGACAUGGCCCUGGACCCGCUCGACGACACGCGGGUCCACCCGGAGUGCUACUUCGGGGGCGAGGGCUUCUACGACUGGGCGCAGAAGAUGUGCGCGGACGGCCUCGACCGCGACCUCGGCGAGGGCGAGGAGUCGUACAGCGAGGUCGUCGCGCUGGCCAUGGACGACUCGCGGAGCGCGCUGGCGAAGAAUUUGAGGAAGCAGAACGCGGCCUACCGCGAGGGCGACUUCUGGAGCCCGCCGCUCUUCGGGACGACGCACAAGGUGAACGAGGCGGAGGACGCCGCGGCCGACGACGCGCUCGACGACAAGCUCGGCGAGCUGGAUUUGGACACCUACGCGCAGAUCCUCGCCGAGGACUCGGGCGUCGGGUUGCGGCGCGAGCAGCUCGAGGACGUGAAGCGCGAGCUCCGGUGCCCCUACCGCGACGUCCGCGCGCCGUGGCGGCCGCCGACGGAGGCCGCGGUUUUCGACUUGCUGAGCGGGCUGGGCCAGGACCAGGGCGGCGGCGUCAAGGAGAAGCAGAUCGUCACGGCGCGCAUCCAGCGGGCGGACAAGUACCGCCUCUUCGUGGUGACGGACCUCGGGUUGUCCGGCGGCGUGCACGUCGAAUUCCUCGACGCCGAGGGCGGCCGCGUCGAGAACGCCGACGAGUGGCUGUCCACCGAGGGCCUGCGGCCGAGGUUCGACGCGAAGCUCGCGAUCGACGAGGUCGUGGAGUGCGCCGUGCUCAAGGUGGACCACGAGCGCUUCCGCAUCGAGCUGUCGCGCCGCGACGACGACGUCUUCUUCCCGCAGUCCGCGCAGGCCUUCUACGACCACUACGGCGCGCGGGGCGUCGACUUCGACCCGGCCCUCGACGCGUCGAAGAUGGUCCGGGACUACGUGUCCAACGCGCGGAGCCGGCUCGACCGCUGCAAGCGCGUCCGCGACGACCGCGCGCGCGCGCUCGACGCGUCGCUCAAGCCGCGCGCCGCGGCGCGCGCGCGGCGCCACAUCCUCCACCCGGCCUACCACGCCAAGUGCGACUACAAGGCCGCGGAGGCGCUGCUGGAAACCAUGGGCGCGGGCGAGGUCGUCGCGCGGCCGUCGUCGUCGGGAAAAGUCGCGUUGACGUGGGCGUUCCGCGACGGCGUCUACAAGCACGUCGAGGUCGACGACGCGGACGAGGUCGCGCCCGGCGUGCCGCCCAAGUUCCGCCUCGAGGUGAGCCCCGGCGAGGUCGAGGAGUACGAGGACAUCGACGAGCUCCUCGCGCGCUACGUGCUUCCCAUGAACGACUUCUGCGAGGACGUCGCGGCGAGCCGCAAGUUCCGCGACGACGUCCGCGACGCCGCCGCGUCGGAGAAGGAGCUCAAGGCCCAGCGCCGCGCGGCGCCGGCGUCCAUCCCCUACUUCCUCUGGGUCGACGCGCGCUACCCGGGCCGCUUCGCGCUGUCGUAUUUACCGCCGAAGGCGACGACGUGCCGCCUCGAGUGGCUCAAGGUGACGCCCAACGGCCUCUACCUCCGCGACAAGACCUUCCUCGGCGUCGACGACGCGCUGAACCACUUCAAGAAGCACGCCAAGGAGUGGGCCCGCGGGCCCAAGCUCGCGCCGCACCGCGCGGCCGCGCCGCCGCCGCGCAACGCGGCGCCGCGCGUCGCGGCGGCGCCGCCGCCGCUUGCGGCGCCGCCGCAGCGCGCGCCGCCGCCCAUGAUGCCCCCGGCGGCGCCCUGGCAGAACCCCGUCGCCGCCGGCGGGCCGGGCUGGGGCGCGCCGCCGCCGGGGCCGGGCUGGGGCGCGCCGCCGGGGCCCCAGCCGGGCUGGGGGCCGCCGCCCGGCGGCCAGCAGCCGGGCUGGGGCGCGCCGCCGCCGGGGCCCCAGCCGGGCUGGGGCGCGCCGCCGCCCCAGAUGGCGCCCCAGAUGAUGGCGCCGCCCCAGCCCGCCGGCGGCGGCCGCGGCCGCGGCCGCCUCGUCCCGGCCUGGAUGGCCAAGCAGCAGGCCGAGCAGCAGGGCAACUAG